CCGUGACCUGCGACGACUCGGCCCAUUGACAGGAUCGACCAUUCAGGACUGUUUACGAGUAUUAAUAAAACUCAUGUGCUUUAUUUUGCAAGUUUUGUUCAUGUCUCUUGCCUCACGCUUGGUUAUCUCUCUCCAGAAAUCUUGGUGCGCCGCGUUGUCGCUGACAUCUGCUUGUAACUACUGCUCAUCGUUUCUGCAGAAUUCGAAUUCUAUUGGAGUUCGGAUACUCAGUGUUGCUGUCCAAAUUUUAUUAUACGUACAGAUGUUCGUGCUGGGACCACGCCUCAUCCUUAGCGUUCGAGAAUCUCACGUUAAAUUCGUGGCCAACUCCAACGCAGAAACUAGCAUGAAUUCGAUUGUCUUCCAGGAGCGUGUACAUGUACCGACUAGCAGUACUGUUUAGGAAAAUGUUUGCCAAGUGUUCUACAUGGAAAAGAUAUUUUGUCUAGGAUCCGUCGUAGUAUUUAUUUAAGUUGUGAUGUUUCAAAGUAUAUUCCAGACGAUGUUCAUGUAGACAAAGCCAUUUUUUGUUGUAUUAU